AGGCCAGUGCCUGAGACCUUGGCCCGGCUGACACCCUCUCAGGAGCCACCAUGGUGGUGAUCCCCCCAGGACUGAGCGAGGAGGAGGUGGCUCUGCAGAGGAAAUUCAAGGAACUGAAGAGGAAGAAGAAGGCCUUGCUGGCCCUGAAGAAGCGGAGCAGCAGCAGCAGCAGCAGCAGCAGCAGCGCAGCCAGCAAAAGGACACGCCCGCUGCCGGAGCCGCCCGCAGUGGACGCAGCCAAGGCCACAGAGCAGGCCAGGCAACUGGUGAAGGCGGGGGUCGUGCGCGCCGUCAAGGCCGAGGCCAGGACCUCGGGCUUCAAGCGUCCCCGAGCCCGGGAGGGGAGGGUGAGAGACGCCGAGCAGGGGCUGGUGCCCACCGCCCCGCUGUUCCCGGGGAGCGUCUCUGCCCAGGACCUUGUGCAGGAACCGCCCCGAUGUGCCCAGAGGCAGCCUCUGGACGGGGGCUCCGUGUCUGCCCGGGACUGGGUUCGGGUCCUGGGGCCGGAUGGGAGAGCGACGGGGGACACGGGGACUGAGGGCGGCCCUCCUCUUGGAAGCUGUGAACGGGGCCCAGGAGCACCUGGGGCUGCCUGGUCCCCAGUCUCCCUUCCCCGAGGCCGCAGCCCGGAACGGGGCCGGGACCGGGGCAGGGAAUGGGACUGGGACAGAGAUUGGGACCAGGACCGACACCGACACCGAGAGGCCCCUGUCCGCAGGUCGGACUCGGUCCCUGGACGCCGGGCCCCUCGCAAGGGGAGCACGCUCCACGUGUCUGAGGAAGACAUGACCCCCCUCCUCCUCCGAGGGGCCUCCUCCCCGUUUGGGAACAUCAUUGACCUCUCCGUGGACCCGCCCAGGACUUGUGCCGUUGUCCCAGAUGAAGAGAUGGAGACUAAAGACCAGGCCGAGCUCCCCGGGACCCGGGCGGAGUCCGGGCCGCUCGAAGGCAGCGGUGCCUUCCGUGCCAAGUGUGUGUGGGGCGCCCUCGCCGCCCGGGACAGCCCUAAGGGCUGCCACCGGGACAGGAGGACCCAGAGGGUCUACGACGAUGACGAUGAUGUCUGCGAGGAAAACCUGGUGGAUGGCUUCUAGGCAGCGGAGCUGAACUGUUUGUGCCCCGCCUGCCCCGACACUGGUCUCUGUAAAGCGCUGAGUUGGAAGCUCAAAAAACAAAAACAAACAAACAAAAAAACAAA